UCCCCUCCACCAAAACACACACUAACACACACUAAACCCAAGGAAAAGAGCCAUGGAUAUGGAUUUUCCAGACCUACAAGAGCUAGAAUGGCUUGAAGCCAACAACUCUAACUUCCAAGACGACGUCGAUUUCGACCUUGAUUUCCCUCCAGAACCUCCAUCUCCACCAUCCGAGCUCGAGCCACUACGGGAUUCACCUGAACCCAAAAUCCCUUCUUUUAAACCCACUUUAUCUCUCCCACCAAAACCCUCCCCAAUCAAAACCCAAACCAACCUCAAGAAAAGAUUCCGACCUGAUUUGAGCCCGGAUUUGAUUGACCGUGGAGAUGGGCGUCCGACUGGUGACCCAGAGGAGAAGCGGAGUAGAGUUGAUAAUGCGGACGAUGAGGAGGAUGAGGAUUGGCUUAGGUACCAUCCCCCGCGGCCGGUGGCUGGAAAUGUGGAUGCUGGCUUGGCAAUGUCGGAGUCAGAGGAGGUGGAGGAGCGGGUUUUGUCCAGGUAUGCGACGGAGAUAGACGGGGAUUACCUCCCGAUUACGGGGUUGGAUGGGGAGAGGGUUUAUGCAAAGAUUUGUGGGGUCGAAUGUGAGGACAGAGUGAAGAAGUUAGAUAUGAGGGGCGAUCAUAAUGGUCUCUCGCGGGAACCUAUUAGAGUUUUAAUGCAGAGAGUGGAGCAAGGUGAAUUCUCAAAGGCUUUGCAAGCUAGUGUUGAAGUUGAAAAUGAUGUCAAUUUGUCACCAGCACCAGUUGAUCCAGAGCAGCUUUGGGUGGACAAAUAUGCCCCAAAUACUUUUAUGGAGCUUCUCAGUGAUGAACACACAAAUCGUGAGGUACUCCUCUGGUUGAAACAAUGGGAUUCAAGUGUGUUCGGAUCUGAAAUUAAGAGUACAGCAGAUGAUACUUUGUCUGCUCUGAAACGACAUUCCUCUGCUGUCAAACACUCGAAGUUUCAUGCUAGGAACUCUUUUGGAAGUAAUCGAGAAACCAAAUUGAGCAAAGAAAAUUUCAGAACUCAUAAUUAUCAGAAUCAAGAAAAAAAUCAAUCAAAUGAUAUUCAAGAAAUGUGGGAGAAGAAGCAGAAAACAGUUGGUCAUCCAGAACAAAAGAUUCUUUUGCUCUGUGGUCCUCCUGGCUUGGGGAAAACAACAUUGGCGCAUGUAGCUGCUAGACAUUGUGGGUACCGCGUGGUGGAGAUUAAUGCUAGUGAUGAUCGGUCGGCGUCAACAAUUGAAACCAAAAUCCUUGAUGUGGUUCAGAUGAACUCUGUAGUUUCUGAUUCCAAGCCAAAAUGUUUGAUUAUUGAUGAAAUUGAUGGUGCUCUUGGUGAGGGCAAGGGUGCUGUUGAUGUCAUUCUAAAGAUGGUUUCUGCUGAAAGAAAAUCUGAUAGUGGAAAAGAAAUUAGAGGUCAAGAGGAACAUUCUGGACCGAGAUCUUCCAAGAAGCAGAAAAACACAUCCUUGUUAAGACCUGUGAUUUGUAUCUGUAAUGAUUUAUAUGCACCUGUCUUAAGGCCACUGCGUCAGGUGGCAAAGGUUCAAUCAUUUGUGCAGCCAACUGUGAACCGUGUUGUAAACAGGCUCAAGUAUAUAUGCAACAAGGAAGGGGUGAAGACAAAUUCCAUUUCUCUAACAGCACUGGCAGAAUAUACUGGUUCUUCAUCAUAA